AUACUAACACAUUGUUUCAGUUACGUUUUCUCAGAAGAUUCCAACGAUGUAAUGAAAUUUGAAAACUUUUACGUCUCUAGAUCGACGGGCAGUGUCUUAAAACUUACUUCAAAUAUUUUGGCAAUUAUUUUAAUACACGAAUGGUACAUUAUAACUUGAUUUAUUAAAAUUUUCCUAACUUUUAACGUUAAGCUUGUAAAAUUAGCAUACGUGAUAAGGAAGAUGGAAAUUCCACACAAAAAUGUCCGGCAAAUAAUAGGAAGAAAAUCAUGUUGCAUUAUUUUGCAUAUAAUAUUAAGAAAAAUAGAUACUUAAAAGUCAGUUAUUUCAAACAGUUAUGCUUCUUACAAUUUUAAUAUAAUUUUGUAAUGAUACCAAUUAAAUUCAAUCGAAUAGUCCCGCGAAUUAAUGCCAGGAGGGCACAGUAAAGAAUUAUCAAAUUUGAGAUCUUAUCAAUGCUCAUCUUGCGAUGAGAUUUUUCAAAAUCAUCGUCGUAAAUUAUUCAGUUAUACAGACGAAAUUAAUUCUCACUUAGAUAAUACAGGACUAAACGAUUUUCUUAAAGAAACCAAUAAAGAUACCGAAAAUCAUGGUGAAUUAUGGGAUAACUGGAGCAAUUGGAGUAAAUGUAGCGUGACCUGUGGAAAUGGCCGUCAAGUUCGUUGGCGCCAUUGUUUAGCGGGGGAUUGCACAAAAGGAUUGAAGAAAGCACAAAUGAAAACUUGUCGACAAAAACAAUGCGAUUCUAAAACUUUUCUUCACUGGCUUGGCAUUAAAUCUUGAUAAUAAAUUUCAGAUAAUUUCAAGCGGUAAUAAAUCCGACUUGAAGUGAUAACAGAUUGCGGAUAAUUAAUUAGUAAUGCAAAUGUUAAACAAAUUGCUGAGAAAAUUUGUUGAGUUAUUAUUAAUCGUUUUUGUUGUUACGGAAUGUACGUCAAUGUUACAGUCCGAGAAAUCUUUAAACGAUGCCAUAAUAGUCCCUUCACAGGAACAAACAUCUUCUGUAUCCAAAAUCGUGAACACUGAAAACAAAAAUUUGCAAUACGUGACACAAACAUCUUCUGUAGGGAACAAUAAUCCGAGUGAAGAAAAUGAAAAAGUCAAGAACAUCGUUAAGAAAGAU